AUACAGACUGGAAGCAUUCAGCAGAGAUUUUUUUUCUGUUAAAUUGUUGGAUUGAUUGUGUAUUUCUUGGUGCCAGACCUGUAGAAUUUGUGGGGAGCUUAAUAAUUAACCUUUCAUCAAGACAACGAAAAGAUAGUCCUAAAGACGAGGGGUUUAAGGCAAUAACUUAGACAACAUUUUCUGCUUUUAAUUCGCAUUUCUGAUAUCUACAGUUUUUUUUUGUUUUGCCUUCUGAACCCCAGGUCUAAAUUAGCAAAAAGUGUCACAAUGAUACUCCGAGCUUUUCUUGAAGCAGUUUCUGCAGAAGUUUCAUAUUAACGUGAUGUGUGUGUGGAUGGAGGGCGUUAAUGUGGUUCCGAGGAGACUGAGGUCGGAGAGCCGCCGCUACUCUGCGGGCUGGUGGGAGAACGGAACCACCGUGCUGUCCUCCAGGACAGGGGGCGCUGCCGAGACGGAGCUGGCUGCCACCUGGGGAGGGCCGCUCGGAGUUGUGCGAGGGAAGGAGCGGCUCCGUCGUCCUUGGUUGCCGGCGAUCACAUGAGCCAGCCCGUUAUGGGUCCGUUGUUGCCGAGCUAAGUUUAGACUGUGGCGAAAGUAGAAAGAAAAGGACGGAGAGAAAUAAUAGGGACGUGCCUAAUAAAACCGUUGUCACUGUGGCCUCCUGGCCCCAUCACCGAACUGUUCCCACAACCUAUGGGCUCUUUUUCAAGGACUCUUCAUCUCACGCUCUCAAUAUUUAUUGCUUACUAUAUUAUUUCUUUUUUUUGUAUUUGCACAGUUUGUUGUCUUUUGCACAUUGGUCGUAUGUCCGUCCUGUUGGGUGCGGUCUUUCGUUGAUGCUGUUGUGUUUCUUGUAUUUACGGUGAAUGCCCGCAAGAAAAGGAAUCUCAGGGUUGUAUGUGGUGAAUAUAUGUACUUUGAUAAUAAAUUUACUUUGAACAAUGUGAGGAAUAUUUUUGUGCUGGAGAUAGUUCACCCCCCUCCUCCAUCUCUCACCGUCGUUUACCUCCUGCCCCAAAUCUCGCGAGAGACUGCGAGGGCUUGGGUAAAGUUUAAUAUGGCGUCUAAUCUGUUAAAGCUGCACAGGAUUAGAGGAAAAAAUUACAGCGAGGAAUAAAGGCUCUCUCCAGUUUGAGGACAAAUGGGAUCUUAUGCGCCCCAUUGUCCUAAAGCUGUUACGACAGGAAUCUGUAACGAAACAACAGUGGUUUGACUUAUUUUCAGAUGUUCACGCCGUCUGUUUGUGGGAUGAUAAAGGUCCAGCAAAAAUUCAUCAGGCUCUCAAGGAAGAUAUUUUAGAUUUUAUCAAACAAGCUCAAGCUAGGGUGCUGAGUCAUCAGGACGACACUGCUCUAUUGAAAGCCUACAUUGCAGAAUGGCGAAAAUUCUUCACACAAUGUGACAUUUUGCCCAAGCCUUUCUGUCAGUUAGAAAUUACAUUAAUGGGCAAACAGGGCAGUAAUAAGAAAUCCAAUGUAGAAGACAGUAUUGUGAGAAAGCUUAUGCUCGAUACCUGGAAUGAAUCGAUCUUUUCAAAUAUUAAAAAUCGUCUUCAAGACAGUGCAAUGAAGCUAGUACAUGCUGAACGACUAGGAGAAGCCUUUGACUCGCAGCUCGUCAUUGGGGUCAGGGAAAGUUAUGUCAACCUGUGUUCAAAUCCAGAAGACAAGCUUCAAAUUUAUCGUGAUAAUUUUGAAAAAGCAUAUUUAGAUUCAACUGAAAGAUUCUACAGGACACAGGCCCCAUCUUAUUUACAACAGAAUGGUGUACAAAAUUACAUGAAAUAUGCUGAUGCUAAAUUGAAGGAAGAGGAAAAAAGGGCACUUAGGUAUUUAGAAACCAGACGAGAAUGCAACUCUGUUCAGGCUCUUAUGGAGUGUUGUGUUAAUGCUCUGGUGACUUCAUUUAAAGAGACAAUCCUAGCCGAAUGCCCAGGCAUGAUCAAACGUAAUGAGACAGACAAACUACACUUGAUGUUUACAUUGAUGGAUAAAGUUCCAAAUGGGAUUGAACCAAUGUUAAAAGAUUUGGAAGAGCACAUUAUUAGUGCAGGCUUAGCAGAUAUGGUAGCAGCCGCAGAGACGAUAACUACUGAUUCUGAAAAAUAUGUAGAGCAGUUGCUUACAUUGUUUAAUCGAUUUAGUAAGUUAGUAAAAGAGGCAUUUCAGGAUGAUCCUCGCUUUCUUACAGCUAGAGAUAAAGCAUAUAAAGCAGUUGUGAAUGAUGCCACCAUAUUUAAGCUUGAACUGCCGUUGAAACAAAAAGGAGUUGGGUUGAAAACUCAGCCUGAAUCAAAGUGCCCAGAACUACUAGCAAAUUACUGUGAUAUGUUACUAAGAAAAACACCCCUUAGUAAGAAGCUUACUUCAGAAGAAAUUGAAGCAAAAUUAAAAGAAGUGCUCCUUGUGCUGAAAUAUGUGCAAAACAAAGAUGUCUUUAUGCGAUACCAUAAAGCUCACCUAACAAGGCGUUUGAUCCUAGAUAUUUCAGCAGACAGCGAAAUAGAAGAAAAUAUGGUAGAAUGGCUUAGAGAAGUAGGAAUGCCUGCUGACUAUGUGAACAAGUUGGCCAGAAUGUUUCAGGACAUUAAAGUAUCUGAAGACCUCAACCAAGUUUUCAAAGAAAUGCACAAAAACAAUAAGUUGGCCCUUCCAGCUGACUCUGUGAAUAUCAAGAUUUUAAAUGCUGGUGCCUGGUCAAGAAGCUCAGAGAAAGUAUUUGUUUCUCUUCCAACUGAACUUGAAGAUCUUAUCCCUGAGGUGGAGGAAUUUUACAAAAAAAAUCAUAGUGGUAGAAAGCUGCAUUGGCAUCACCUCAUGUCCAAUGGAAUUAUAACUUUCAAAAAUGAGGUUGGUCAGUAUGAUUUAGAGGUAACCACCUUCCAAUUGGCAGUUCUGUUUGCCUGGAACCAAAGACCAAGAGAAAAGAUUAGUUUUGAAAAUCUAAAAUUAGCAACUGAACUACCAGAUGCAGAACUCAGGAGGACGUUAUGGUCUCUUGUAGCUUUUCCAAAAUUGAAACGUCAGGUUUUACUUCAUGAACCUCAAGUCAGCUCACCCAAAGACUUUACUGAAGGCACACUUUUCUCAGUGAACCAGGACUUCUCUUUAAUAAAGAACAGCAAAGUUCAGAAAAGGGGCAAGAUUAAUUUAAUUGGAAGAUUACAACUAACAACAGAAAGAAUGAGAGAAGAAGAAAAUGAAGGAAUAGUUCAACUGAGAAUAUUACGAACGCAGGAAGCAAUCAUACAAAUCAUGAAGAUGCGGAAAAAAAUCACAAAUGCUCAGCUCCAGACUGAACUUGUAGAAAUAUUGAAAAAUAUGUUUUUGCCACAGAAAAAAAUGAUCAAGGAGCAAAUUGAAUGGCUGAUAGAGCACAAAUAUAUUAGAAGGGAUGAGUCGGACAUAAACACUUUCAUUUAUAUGGCAUAAAUGACUGUGAAAGAGAACUAUGCCAGAAACUUGAAUGAGUCCUUUGUUUUUGCAGACUUUGAAAGAGGUAGCUGAAGAGUGAUUACAGCUCAAAAAUUUAUUAUUAAGUUCCUGCCUUACUGUACCACAGAUGAACAAUAUUUACCAGUUUCAUCCACUUAGCAUUUACCUGCCUUUGUGUAGUUCACUUUUGACAGCAUGCUGUUUUGUGGGAGUACUGAAUUCGUUGGAGCUUGCUAUGCUUUCUUGGUAACUUUGGCCCUAUUUUCACUUGUUCUGUAUAAGAGUUAAAUAUAGUUUUUUUUCCAGAAAACACUUAAACCAGUGAAUAUAGGACUUUAAAUAUACAUGCACUGGGAAAAUACUUGAGUCAUUUUGUAUUACAAAGAAAAAUUGUGUUAGGAGCAACAGCUUCACUUUUCUGACAAUACUAGGUGGUGUCAUUUAAUACAGACUGACCUGAAAAUAUUUUUUUUAAAUCCUGUUGCACACUUGAAAUGUUUAAUAUUGCUCUGGCUAUAGUGGUUCACAAAUGAGGUUAGCUGAUACAUUAAUGUUAGAAGGAUUUGUCCACUUUGAAUAAUUAUUUAGCUGUUUGCAACCUGAAUUCUAAGGUUGCCUCUCACUCUAGUGGGUCAAAGUCUGCCACAGUGUACCUUUAGAAAAGAUUUGAUCAUGUCUGGUAUAGAGGAGUGGGAUGGAUGUAAAACUGUAACUGGAAAUGUUCCUAAAGGUCUAUUAGACAAAGGAAUAAUCCAUUGCAGCAGCAAGCCAUAAAAAUCCAGGUUUUUUCCCACUGUUCUUGCAACUACAUUUUCUUGAUGGAUACCAGUUACUGCACUUGGCCUGGGAUCAUUCAUUGUUCUGAAAUAGCCAAAUUAACCAUUUGAAUGUUUUUCUUCCCCCAAUGCACGUGGUUAAAAAUAUAAUUUUAAAAUAUUGUUUUCUGGACUGGGUGCAAGAAAAUGAGCCAGCGUUGCUGUUAAUUGUACAAAACCAUGGAUGUGGCCAGGAUUCAGCUGCAUAGCCUGCACGUAUAUGAAGAUUUCUAUACAAGUGAAAAACUAUGCUGCCAGCUCUAGUGGAUUUGUAUCUCAUGAAGAGUCUAUGAGUUUGAGAGAGAGAGAGACGAAAUGCAAUUUGGAGUUGAACAAGCUUUAUUUUAUUUUACCUUCUGCAUUCAGUUCUGCUUAUUUGCAAUGUCUGUAGCCUACCUCUACCCCUGUUUUCUUUCCUCAAAAUCAACUCAGGAUUAAAAAUUUGAAGGAACCUGAAGAAGGUUUAUGGGCAGGGGAGAGGAAUGCUAUUGGGAGAAAUUGGAACAGAAUAAAUGUACAUCUUUUGUGACAGAUGGCUGUUGAACAUAACUGUGACUGAGAUGUGUUGGGAGUCCAAAGUGGAGGAAACCUUUGAUCAGUUUGCUUGUAGUGAUGAUCCAGCACUAAAUUGUCAUGAUAUUCCAGAAAAAUUUGUAUGCUUAUUUAAAAAAAAAUUAGUAUAUUGGCCAACAUCCCAAAAUGUGUGCAUACAUCGCUCUUAACUUUUUCUUAAAUCUUCAGUGCCCCACAAAUUGUUUAUUAUAUUACUUUGUUAUGGCAGCAGUUAUUUAGAACAUAGAACAGUACAGCACAAUACAUGCCCUUUGGCUCACCAUGUUAUGCUGACCCUUUAACCUACUCUAAAUUCAAUGUAACCCUUCCUUCCCACAUAGCCGUCCGUUUCUCUUUAUUGCUAAUUUAAAAUUUUAUUUAAUUGGAAAGCAUUUUAAUUAUCUUAGAAGAUUCGAUAUCCAGAUGGCAUUUUUACCUGACCUGUCUUUCCAGGAAUUGUUUUGCUCAAUGUGGUGCUGUGGGAAGAGCCAAAGUGGAUUGUUUUGUGAUGUUUGCUGCUGAGUUAAUUGAUGAGCAAUGUUGUCUGGAAUGUUCUUGAACAGAUAAACAGUCCAAAUUCAGAAGUUUCAUGCAGAUUGAGGGUGUGGGAGGAGAGUUUGAUUGUACAGUCACAGAAGGGUUUGUUGCAUUAAUAUGGUUAAAGGGUACAUUGGGUUUAUGUUUGAAUGGUUUGGAAGUGCAAACAAUUUAAACUUGACUGAGGGUGAUUCAUAACUUCAAUGAUUUUGUUGUGCAUGUGCUAGAUUCUCCAUGGUCAGCUGUGACUUUUGACAAAGUAUGUGCACUUUCAGCAUUUUUAAAUGUAGGUCAACCAGUGAGAAUGCAAAUCCAUAAUGUCACAUUUUGAAUAACAUAAACUGUGUCACUAGACAAUGAUGCAAAUUUAUAUGUAUUAUAGUAAUUGACUGUCUUCUGAUGUUUUGGGUGAAUUAAUCUAUUUAUACAGUAGACUAUUGUUGGAUUGUUUUAAGUUGGUUGAUAUUAGCCAGAGCAUUAAUGAGCCUCAAAUACCCUGUACUGAAGGGAAAAUAAACCAGGAAUCCUGCUUAUUGAUCCUGGCCACUUCUGUUGGGAAUGUGCAUAAUUUGGAUGACUGGUGAUAAAGACAAAAGUAGACUUAGCACCAACUAGAUUUGAGUGGCUUGUCUCAUUCUUGUCAGAAUUCAAAAAUUGAUAUUGAGCACUUAGGUGAGGCAACUAAUAUCCAUGGAUUCAUACUGCAACAAGAAUUUGACCAUUUUGAAGAGAACGUAUAAAGAUGCAAGAAGUAAACUAUUAUUUGACUCUCUAGUUACUGCAGUUUGUGAAGGGCACUGAUUAUACACAUGGCAUCUAUGCUUCCAAAUUUUUUUAGAGUGGUAAAAUUAGAUUGCCUUAUUUUCAGGUUAGAUUUAUUUUAAGAAACACCUUAGCAUUCUCACCUUUUAAAAGGGUGCAUUAUUACAUGAAAAAAUGAAAUCUCUGUAGAUUUAAUAACUACAGUGGGAUCAUGGAUUCUCAUUUUGAGUUGUAUCCAAUAUUUUGAGUGUACUGAGCACUCAAACUGCACACCUGGGAAAUUAUGCAUAGGUCAAGAGAGGGAUAUCAAAGUAUGAAGAUUUUUUUUGUUGGUCCCAGUAUUUGUAUGGUAAUGUUGCUGGAUGCAUACUCUUAUUUUACAUGUAAAGGUCUGAUUCUUCAAUGCUGCCCCAGUACCAAAUGUGGCUAAAUUAGUGUCCAAGUUUGCAUCUAAUCAAAAGGAUCUGGGAGCAGGAACUGAAUAAAUAUUUUAAUAAUAAUAAUAAUCUUGGUUGUGUGACCAGAUUAUUUUGAUUUUAAUGCAGAGUAAAUUGGCAUACACAAAUAAAUUGCAUGCCCUGAAAAUCCCUGAAGUGGCAUGUAGAUGUGAACUCACUUCAUUAAACAAAGAUGUGUUAUGGAUAUUGUUGCUACACUGCCUGGUAGAAAAAGAGCAUUGGAAUAUUAGAAUUUUAUUCAAGUGGAAUAAAAAAUCAAUUUAAAAACAUUGAAUUAGUCAACAAUUUAAAAUUGUGACUUAAUAGAAUUUGUCUUAUUGAAAUUUGCAAUUUAUUGGUAAUGGAUAUUAAAGUUACAUAUUGAAGUCUUCCAUUUCUGUCCAUAGAAUCUUUAAUUUUUGUGCUUUUAGGAAUCCUAAAUCUGCGCUCAAAUCUGCUUUCACUCUCAGAAGUGAUGUGAAAUGGUGUAUUUUGACAUUUUCCCCAUAAAAUAAAAUUCAAGACACGAUGAUUGUAACUUGUAUAAUUUAACAAUUAGUAACAGUAUACAAGUUAUUUAAUAACUAGUUAAAAUGUCAAGUCCUUUGUAGCAACCUCAAAGCCAUCUUUUUAAAUGGUACAAAAACUACAGUGAAAACUUACUGUAGAAUUGAGUUUUAUUGUUAAGUUGAAAAUUAGGUUUCUUUAUACAUUUGAGCAAGUUUAUUGUGCACACAAUAAUUGAUAUUGAAUUUGCAUGGAUGAUUUUUCAUGUAGGAUUGUUUUGAGGUCAUCAAUAAAUUGUAUACAUUUGUACCCUGGUUAUACAUAAGCUGUUUCAUAUUUUACAUAUCAUUGCAAGAUGCUGAAGACUUGGAAGCCUUUCUGUAAUAUACACUAAAGCCUGGAGUGUUGUGCAAAGUUAAAUUGAUAGGUUUGAUUAUCUACAAUUAAUAUUUGCAAGUUAAAUGUGUGCCACUACAUACCAAGGUUAUGAUGCUGUACAAUUCUGAAUGGUAGCAGUUUCUACAUAGCAGCCUGAUCAAACUAUUUUGAUGUACUACAUUAUUUUUUGAAUUUUUAUUUUUUAAGUUGCAUAAUUUAUUUUCCAGCAAAAUAAAAGUGCAAUAUAAAGCC